UCUUCCCCCCCUCUCUCCUUUUCUAGGUACGCCGAGAUGCCGCGCGUCUACAUCGGGCGCCUGAGCUACCAUGUUCGGGAAAAGGAUAUCCAGCGCUUGUUCAGCGGUUACGGCCGCUUGCUCGAGGUCGAUUUGAAAAACGGCUACGGCUUUGUGGAGUUCGAGGAUUCCCGGGACGCCGAGGACGCCGUUUACGAGCUGAACGGCAAAGACUUGUGCGGGGAGCGGGUGAUUGUCGAGCACGCCCGCGGCCCCCGCCGAGACAGGGACGGCUACAGCUACGGCAGCCGCAGUGGAGGAUAUAGCAGUCGGCGAACAUCAGGAAGAGAUAAAUAUGGACCACCUGUUCGUACAGAAUUCAGAUUAAUUGUCGAAAACCUUUCUAGUCGAUGUAGUUGGCAGGAUUUGAAAGAUUUCAUGAGAAAAGCUGGUGAGGUGACUUACGCGGAUGCUCACAAAGAACGCUCGAAUGAAGGAGUAAUUGAGUUUCGUUCUUACUCUGAUAUGAAGCGUGCUCUAGACAAAUUGGAUGGUACGGAGAUAAAUGGAAGAAAGAUCAGGCUGGUUGAAGACAAGCCACGAUCUAGCCAUAGACGAUCCUAUUCUGGCAGUAGAUCAAGGUCACGUUCUAGAAGGAGAUCACGCAGUAGAAGUCGUAGGAGCAGCCGCAGUAGAUCCCGUAGUGUUUCGAAAAGCAGGUCACGCUCUAAAUCUAGGUCUCGCAGCAAAGAUCAUUCACGUUCCAGAUCUAAAAGUCGCAAGUCUAGAUCAAAGAGCAAAUCUAAGCUGAAAUCUGACCAAGAGUCCCGGUCGCGCAGCAGAUCCAAAGAGAAGUCCGAAAAGUCUCGCAGCAGAUCUAGGUCUGUGUCUCAAUCGCCCAAAGAAAAUGGUAAAGGAGAGGCAAAGUCUAAAUCUAGGUCAAGGAGCAGAUCUCGUUCCAAUUCGCCAUCACAACACCAACCUGCCAAGGCUCGAUCGGAGUCCCCACCGAAGAGAGCUGCAUCACGGUCGCGGUCACGAUCUCAUUCAAAGUCUCGUUCACGUUCACGAUCCAGUUCACGUGAUUAAGACUAGAACUCUCCUCUCCCUUUGCACACAAUUAUGGAACACAUGUAUGCCAGGCCAUGCGUCUUUUUUAUGUUAGUAUUGCAAAAGUUGGUCUGUCUGCUUGCAGGAAAAA